GCCAUUGUUUCUGUUUUGAGAUCUCUCCCUCCACGCUGUGUCAUCAUCAUCAGAUCUACAGUUGCCACUAAGAAGCUUCUCUGUAUAGUUCCCUCUCUCACUCUCGAAAUUUCAACACAGUUCUCGAUUUCGAAUUCUUCUAAAAUCGCAAUUUUGUUAGCUACAAAAAAAAAAUGGCGCAGCAACAGUUCCUUCACCAGCGUCCAAUCCAAAACCCAUUCACAAACCCAUUCUCUUCUUCUCAUCUUUCUAAUUCCUCAAUCUCAAACCGUCCGAUCUCUCUCCUCAGCCGCAACGGUCUCCUCCUCUUACUCGCACUCCUCGUUAUCCUCGGCGUCUUCUUACCCUGGGCAGGAUCCCCUCUAUUCCCGUUUCCAAACAGGCUCUCUUCUUCUCAAUCCAAAUGGCGCGAUUAUUCCCUCGCCCAAGCCGCCAAAUUCGUUGCUAAGAACGGGACUGUGAUCGUCUGCGCAGUGAGCUACCCAUACUUGCCUUUUCUCAACAACUGGUUGAUUAGUGUUUCUAGGCAGAAGCAUCAGGACCAAGUCCUCGUGAUCGCUGAGGAUUACGCUACCCUCUAUAAGGUUAACGAGAAGUGGCCUGGUCACGCCGUUCUCAUUCCUCCGGUCCUUGAUUCUCAGACGGCACACAAGUUCGGUUCCCAGGGUUUCUUCAAUUUCACAGCUAGAAGACCGCAACAUCUCUUGCAAAUUUUGGAGUUAGGUUACAAUGUCAUGUACAACGAUGUUGAUAUGGUCUGGUUGAAAGAUCCGUUUCAGUAUUUUGUGGGAAAGCACGAAGCAUACUUCAUGGAUGAUAUGACCGCAAUCAAGCCUUUGGAUCACUCUCACGGUUUACCACCUCCUGGUAAAAAGGGAAGGCCUUAUAUAUGUAGCUGUAUGAUUUUCUUGCGUCCCACUAAUGGUGCAAAACUUCUCAUGAAGAAAUGGAUCGAGGAACUUCAAACCGAACCUUGGUCCAGAGCAAAGAAAGCAAAUGAUCAACCUGGUUUUAACUGGGCACUUAACAAAACAGCUCAUCAGGUGGAUCUCUACUUGCUUUCUCAGGCAGCAUUCCCGACAGGAGGAUUGUAUUUCAAGAACUCGACAUGGGUUAAAGAGACAAAGGGAAAACAUGUGAUAAUCCACAAUAACUACAUUGUGGGUUUCGAGAAGAAGAUAAAACGUUUCCGUGACUUUGGUCUAUGGCUAGUAGAUGAACAUGCUUCAGAGUCUCCAUUAGGGAAAUUAGAGUAGUAGAUUCGAAUGGGCAGAAAAAAAAUUGUUUGUCUCUGUCUCUCUCUAUAGAUCUCUUUUCUUGUUGUUAUUGACAUAUUCAGGCUGCGCAAGAGAAGAAAAGAUCCAGUGAGUAAAUUCUUUUACAUAUAUGGGGGUCUUUAAAGUCAUGUGAAGAGGUGUUGUUAUAAGGCUAAUCUUGAUACCACUUGAGCUGAGUUUGGUAAUGUAGACUGCCGAAAAUGGCAUCUGAGUCAGACAAUUCUAUGAUUCUUUCAUUCAAAGACAUAUUGCAAUCAGCAUUUACACUCACC